AUGGCUCAAAGAUUUGGUAAUUUCGAUAUUCAUUAUAAUAAAGAUGUUGAUGAAGUAGAUGAAGAUGGUGUUUUAAUCAUCAAUGAAAAUAAUAGAAAACAAGCUAAAUACCCAGAUUUUUUACCAACUUGGGAUCCAAAACAAAAAUUACCUCCAUUAAAAUUUGAAAAACAUAUUGAUCCAGCAUCAAGAGCUGAUCCAAAUUUCCCAAAUUUAUUUCCAAAAGAUGGUUCUCAUCAAAUUAAAAGAAUUACUCCUAAAUUUGGUACUGAAGUUGAUGGUAUUCAAGUAUCACAAUUAAAUGAUGCUGGUAGAGAUGAAUUAGCUUUAUUAUUAGCACAAAGAAAAGUUUUAAUUUUCAAUGAUCAAGAUUUUGCAAGUAAAGGACCUGGUUUUGCUGUUGAAUUUGGUAAAUAUUUCGGUAAUUUACAUAUUCAUCCAAGUAGUGGAUCACCAAGAGGACAUCCAGAAUUACAUAUUACUUAUAGAAGACCAGAAAAGGGACAAGUUGAAAAUAUUUUUACUGAUCGUACUACUCAAACAAGUUUCCAUUCUGAUGUUACUUAUGAAAUUACUCCAAGUAAAUUUACUGUUUUUCAAGUUUUGGAAAGUGGUGAUGGUGGUGAUACUGUUUUUGCUGAUACUGCUGAAGCUUAUAGAAGAUUAUCACCAGCUAUGCAAAAAAGAUUAGAAGGAUUACAUGUUUUACAUACAAGUGAAGAUCAAGCUAAAAAUUCAACUUAUCAAGGUGGUGUUGAAAGAAGAAAAGCUGUUUCAAACAUUCAUCCUUUAAUUAGAUUAGAUCCAAUUACAAAAGAAAAAUCAAUUUAUGUUAAUAGAGCAUUUGGUAGAAGAAUCGUUGAAUUGAAAAAAGAAGAAAGUGAUUACCUUUUGGACUUUUUAUACAAUUUAAUUGAAAGAAGUCAUGACUUACAAUUAAGAGCUAACUGGGAAGGUGGUAAAAGGAAUCGUUUAGUUUUCUUUCAAAACAACCUGGUGUCACACUCAGCGGUCGGUAUAUUUUAUCCUGUUCUUGAUGUUAUUCGAGUUCUUGGUGUUCUUUUGAACCUUACUUUUGAUACUGAAGAUGGAGAAGUUAGACAUGCUUUUAGAAUCAGUGUUUUGGGUGAAAGACCAAUUGCCAAUAUUGAGGAUUUAAACAAAGAAGAAUAUACUCCUGGUGAUUUAGAACAAGCCUUAGGUCACAUCAAACCAGUUUAA